UAAAUUGAUACAUCAACAUCAAAUGUCAAUAGCAUUUCGAAAGUUAUUUUGUACAAUGUUGUACCUUUUAUAUGUUAUGUGUUUCGGUAACAUAUUUUUGAAUUAUCCAAUUAUCGUCGCUUCAAAGAUGAGCACAACGAGAUUAACAGACAUAACUUGGGCACACGCUGUUAAUAGUGACUCAUAUUUAACGGAAGUACUCCAAGGAGACAUCAACUUCAUUGAGGCAGAUAUCCUGAUGGGUUACUUGCUGGAUGAUGCUGACAGUCAAAAUGAGAUUCCAAUUAUGGCCCAUCCUCCAUUAAGAAAGUCCGAUUUAUCUUUAAACGUCUUUCUACAACGAAUUUAUAAUUUCAAUAGUGUUGCUGCGGAGGAUAAAAUUAAAGGAGUCAAACUGGAUUUUAAAUCAAUUGAUGCAUUUGAAAAAUCUGUGCAGGUUAUUCAUGAAUUCUAUGACACUACAAGAUAUCCCACGUGGAUCAAUGCAGAUAUAUUAUCAGGGCCUGUGAAUAAUACAGAAACAAUCCCAGUCGACCCUACUCGUUUUUUCAAGUCAUCUAAACAACUUGGAUCUGUUGUCUUAUCAAUUGGUUGGACGACGAAAUGGGGAAAAGAUUCUAGUGUAGGAAACUAUUCUAAUGUAGAUGUUGAACGAAUGAUAAAUGUAAUUCGGUCCAAUGAGAUAGAUGUUGCAGGUUACUCUUUGACUUUUCCUAUUCGAGCUGGCAUUGCAGCAUGUAGUUUAGAAGAGUUGGCAUAUUUAUACAGAACAUUGAAAGAUUCCAACGAUAUUACAUUCACAAUUUGGUCUGGUGUUGAGGAUGCUGUCGAUGUAGACAAAUUGAAAUUGGUAAUGAAAACUAUAGGAUUGAAUAAAAUCUAUGUCGAUGUACCAGAAAUUCUCAGAGCACAAUUGAAUUUAUCAUAAUGUAUUUGUGCGUUUAAACCAAAGAUAGGAAAGGAGCACUUUUAUGUGAGCAAAUCACGUUUGAUAUAGUGGACUUUUAUAGUCAAAUAGUAAAUAUGAAUAAUUGAUUUUUAGAACGAGCAUUUGAAUACAACAGAGAUAGAAGCUGAUUAUUCAUUUUUUUUACUAUCCUCUCAUUUUCAGUUAAAAUAGUUACUACUAUGAGCCUCUAGGGCUACGAAAGUUUGUGACGCUAAUCACUGUACACACUAUCGUAGUGUUUCCAGCAUAUGUGUGAUGUUUAAAAAAAAUGGUUGUAUCAUGUUUUUUAAUUUUAAUUUUAAUUUUAUUUAUGUAUCUACAAUGAUUCCCAAAAACUCUUGAUGAAUUCUUACUCACAACAUUGGGCCCCAUUCCCAUUUCCACUUCACGGUGAAAACAAAACAAAGUGUAUCCGCGAUGACAACGGUACGGUCUCGACAUCUGGAUACGAAAUUAGUUUUCCACUAAAACUUAUCAUUAUAAUAUAAAAUAAUCUUCAGAUACUAUUUUUGUGAGAGAUUAUUUCACCACAUGAAGAAAACGAAGAGUUUCAUUCACAUUGAACACUGAUUUGAUACGAAGAAGUUAAUUCUCAUUCAUAACUUCUAUUUGAAAGGUGUCCAUUCUGCCUGAAAAUCCAUUAUUAUCUUUGAUGCUUCACUAUCUCGUAAAUAGUAGUUCAAUGACGUGCCGAUCAGUUCGUUUUCACCGUGAAGUGUGAACGGGUAUUUUGUACGGGCCUAUUGCUUCGCCAAUAAAUCUGAUCUAUAGCUCCAGGUCGUUCCCAUUCAUGCCAUGUUGAAUUCGGGUACUUGCCAAGAAGGUUGAGAAACUUGCAGUUCCAUGUUCCGAGUUUCCAAUCUCUAGUCUUUGUUCUUUGCUUCUGUCUAACCGGAUUUUUAUUUAAGUCAUUUAUUUUUACAGGCUCAGUUACAUAGGUUUAAAGGAGCCAAACUCUUAGCUAUACUUUUAUUUGUAUAUAUCAACAUGUUUCCUUAAAUCUAGGGUUAAUAAAGUAGGAAACCGAUUACUCGCGGUCGACUCGAGAUUAGAAGGGUGACAUAGUUUCUUUUGGAAAAGGAGGGGAUAUAAGGAUAUUGUACAAUGUUCACACUCGCAUUCACACUCACGCUCAUCAUACUCAAUUCUUAAAUCUAUUAUUAUAUCUAUUAUGCAUAUACAUUUCAGCUUAUUCUAUAGUUAGUCAGAAGGGAAACAGUCGCUCGCGAAGGAAAAAAAAGGAGAGGAUAAGGGUGUACGGACAAUCACACACGAAGAUCGAUAGUUUUAAGGAAAACAUAUAUUAGGGACAUGUAAUCGAGGUCUAACCGAGCUAACACAUCUCUCACCGGUACAUUGGGCUGUCUACCUCGGGUCCGAAGGGAGUUUUUCUAAAUUCGAUCUGGCAACAAGAUACACCUCGCAAACCAUACACGGUUUGAGGCUAACCUUAGGGGAAAUUGAGUGAAACCACCGGCCCAAUUCAUCUUUAUUCCAUUUGCGUUGCCAAUUAGCGAUGGUAUUUUUACGGACUAAAGAAUAAAAUUCAUUGAAGGCGAUUUGACGCUGAUAAAUAUCGCCUUCAAUUGCACCUACCUUUGCUAAUGAGUCAGCCCUCUCAUUACCCGGAAUGGAGCAAUGUGAAGGGACCCAGACAAAGGUAAUGACAUAACAGCGUCUGGAUAAAGCACUCAAAAUUUCUCGUAUUCUCUCAAGGAAGUACGGCGAGUGCUUUUCCGGCCUCACUGAACGGAUAGCUUCGACAGAGUUAAGACUAUCCGUUACAAUGUAAUAGUGUUCAACAGGUCGUGAGGCGACGCUGUCCAGCGCCCAAUGAAUUGCUGCCAAUUCAGCAAUAUACACUGAGCAAGGAUUCUGAAGACUGUGUGAGGUGCUAAAAAAUUCGUUGAACACUCCAAAUCCUGUGGACUCGUUUAUAGUGGACCCAUCAGUAAAGUACAUAUUAUCAUAAUUGAUACCCCCAUACUUUUCAUCGAAGAUCGUUGGAGCGAUCCUCGAUCGUUGGUAAUCUGAAUAUCCAUGGAUAUCUUGCUUCAUGGACAGAUCAAAAUGCACAGAGGAAUUGAUGUAGUCAGGGAAACAAACACGGUUGGGAAUAUAAGAAGAAGGAUCAACCUGCAUGGAGAUGAAUUCAUGAUAUGAACUCAUGAAUCCGGAGUGAAAAUUUAGCUCGAUCAGCUGCUCAAAAUUUCCGAUCACCAAUGGGUUCAUAACCUUACACCGGAUGAAGAACCGAAGAGAUAAUAAAUUGAAGCGAUCUUUUAGUGGGAGUAGGCCUGCCAAAACCUCGAGACUCAUGGUAUGCGUUGAGGGCAUACAUCCCAACGCGAUACGGAGACAAAGAUACUGAAUUCGCUCGAGUUUAAUGAGGUGUGUUUUGGCAGCUGAUUGAAAACAGAAACUGCCAUACUCCAUCACUGAGAGAAUAGUUGUUCGGUACAACAUUAUAAGAUCUUCGGGAUGGGCUCCCCACCAGGUGCCGGUAAUUGUACGGAGAAAGUUUAUUCUUUGUUGGCAUUUUUUACUCAGAUACCUAAUAUGGGCCCCCAAAGACAUUUGGAGUCGAACCAGACCCCAAGAUACUUGAAUGACAUAGCAUGAGUGAUCGGUUUACCCAAAAGUUGAAGCUUUGGUUUUGCUGGUCUAUGCUUCCUAGAAAAAACCACCAUCUCUGUUUUCUCCGUGGAGAAUUCGAUCCCUAGCCCAAUGGCCCAGGUUGAAAAAUUGUUCAAAGUAUCUUGUAAGGGUCCUUGCAGGUCGGAUUCGUUUGAUCCUACGACAGACACCACUCCAUCAUCUGCAAGUUGUCUUAGGCUGCAAUUUUGUGUAAGGCAAUUGUCGAUGUCGCUUACAUAGAAGUUGUACAAAAGGGGGCUUAAACAUGAGCCCUGGGGGAGGCCCAUGUAAGAGAACCGACUUACUGCCGAAUCUCCGUGAGAAAAGUUCAAAUGUUUCUCAUAAAGCAAGUUAUAUAACAUAUUAUUCAAUAGAGGCGGCAGACCCCGAGAGUGUAAUUUGUCUGACAAAAUCUCUAUUGAAACAGAAUCAAAGGCCUCCUUUAUGUCCAAGAAUACUGAAGCCAUUUGGUUUUUUCGGCGUAAGCCAUUUGAAUUUCUGAAGAAAGCAACGCAAGACAAUCAUUCGUCCCCUUGCCCCUGCGGAACCCAUAUUGUGUAUCUGAGAGUAGGCUUUUCAUUUCAACCCAUCGAUCAAGGCGAAACAAGAUAAUUUUCUCCAACAAUUUCCGUAUACAAGACAGCAUUGCUAUUGGGCGGUACGAAUUGAAGUCGGACGCGGGUUUUCCGGGUUUUUGAAUAGCUAUAACUCGUACUUGUCCCCAAUCAUCUGGAACAAUAUUAUGCUCCAGGAACCGAUUGAAUAAAUUCAACAAGCGAUGUUUCGCCACAUCAGGGAGGUUUUUCAGCAAGUUGAACUUAAUUCUAUCCGAUCCCGGAGCAGAAUUGUUACAUGAAAGGAGAGCAAGAGAGAAUUCUAUCAUCGAAAACUCGGAAUCAAUAUCGCACCUAUCUUGUGAAAUAUCUCGAAC